UUUUCCUCCCUGGGAAAUUUGGGCGGCGAUGGACUUCUCCCAUGUCGAUUCUUCGUUCUUUGGUGAGAUCUUCCCCUUUUUCUUCACUUAUUUUGCAUUUUUCUGGUGCUUGUUUGCUUUCUGGAGGUUUUUUUGUGGGUCUCUUUUGCUUUCUCUGCUCAUGGCAAAGAGCUUUGCAGACGUUUUUAUUGGAGGUAGUUGCUCUAAGAUUGGGGCUUCGGGUAAUUUCGCAGUUCCUUUCAUGAGGCCUUCGGUACUGAAGGUGGGUAUAAUUUUAUCAAGAAGAUUGCAAAAAAGAAUGGAAAAUUUGCUUGGUAUGUUUCAGAGGAGGAAACAUAUAUUCUUGCUUCUUUCUGUGAGCAUGUGUUGGUUGGUAAAUUUCUCUAUGACCAUCCUAAGCUUGAGAUAAUUAGACGGGAUUUUGAUUCUCUUAAACUUAAGGGUUUUUGGCAAAUUGGGUUGCUUGACAGGAGACAUAUUUUGAUCCAACUAUCAAAUGACGAAAACUAUAAGCGUCUAUUUGCUAGCCAUUUUUUGAAAUUUGAAGACAUCUCGAUGAAAAUUUUAAAGUGAACGGUAGGUUUCGAUCCCAAAUCGGAGCCGCCCACUAUUCCGGUUUGGAUACUUUUUCCGGCUUAAAGUUUCAUUUAUUUAAUCAUGAGGUUUUACUUUCUCUAGCUGCCACUUAUGGGAAACCACUAAAAAUGGAUGGUCCUACUCUUAACCUAACACGUCCUUCUAAAGCUCGUAUCUUAGUGGAACGAGACAUUACACUCCCAUUUUGUGAUGAAAUAUGGAUAGGCUCGGCACAUCAGGGUUAUUGCAGAAAGUGGAAAUCGAGAGGCACUCUCCCUACUGUUCACAAUGUCGUAUGUUUUGGCAUGCCUCUUUUCAUUGCUAUAAGCUUCACCGUCAUCUUCGGCAAGGAGCUGAACGCCCACCACAAGAUCUUUGCAAUAUCAAUCAUGGCAUUCCUGUUGAUAAUCUUAAACCUAUUUUAGACACUGAAAUUAAUGAUCAAAACCUUCCCAUUGCUACUACUAAUGUAAAAAAUCUUCCUAUUUGGACUACUGAUAUUGUACAACAGGUUACGUCAGUUGAGGAAGGUGCAGAGGAAGGUGUAUUAAAUGUUGAAGCUGUGGAAGUUGUUCCACAAAAUUUAUUACCUCCCUCUCAGGAGGCGGAUGCUAAUUUUGCUUUAGAAGAAUAAUGGAUGGUCUAAAAGGCUAGUAGGAAAAAAGGUAAACAUAAGAACGAGCUCUUACAUCUUAAUAAAGACAAUAUAAUAUAUGAUGGAAGAUCUCAUUCUGAUGGAGAAUAAUUGUGCUCCUCUUCUUGGGCUACUAGAAGGGGUAGCAUGAGAAAUUAUGUUUAAUAUCUUGCUCUAGAAUAUUAGGGGAGUGGCGGACCCUACCUCCCUUAAUAGACUGAAGAAUCUAUGUAGAUUCCACAAGAUUUUCAUUUUUGCUAUAUUGGAGCCUCUUGUCUCUCUAAAUAAAAAUCGUAUAUUCCAAAACUUUAAACAGUACAAGUAUUGUUGCAAUAAAAAACAACAAAUUUUGGUUUUUUUGGAACACCAGAUUGAUCUUACUAUUAUUGAUGAUGAGGAAAAAUUUAUGCUCGUUCAUUUUAAUCAAGACAUCAUUUCAUCUUGGGCUACUUUCGUUUAUGCUAGCACUUCUCUUUAGGAUAAGUAUCUUCUAUGGCAUAAGCUUACUCUUAUGGGUGAUACUAUUCUUGAUAAUUGGUUCAUUGGGGGUGAUUUUAAUAUGAUCAUGAAGCCUUCCGAGAGAAGAGGGGGUCAAAGAUGUGACACUGCCCAUAUUAACAAUUUCUACAAUAAAAUAAAGGAGGCUGGUCUUUAUGAUCUUGGCUUUACAGGCCCCACUUUUACUUGGAGAAGAGGUGCUCUGGCCCAGAGGUUGGAUCGUGUUUUUGGAAAUCAUAAUUUCCUUAACUAUUUUCCUGUUUCUAAAGUUCAGCACUUAAAUCAUGCCGGCUCGGAUCACAACCCUAUUUUGAUUUCUCUUGCUUUCACCAUUAAGCCAACUACUUAUCAUUUUAAAUUUCUUAAUAUUUGGACCACUCAUUACACGCUUUUGUCUCUUGUUAAGCAUGCUUGGAAAGUGGAUUGUGUUGGGAACCCUUGGUUCAUUCUUUGGCAACUUCAUAAAAAGGUUGUGGCACAUUUGUGUAAAUGGAACUUAAAUGUGUUUGGUAAUGUUCACAAUAAAGUGCAGGAGGCUCAGAGAGUGGUUGACAAUCUUAAAUCACAGGUGAAUUAUUCUCCGCAACUUGUUGAUGAUUUGGUUUUGGCUCAUUCUAAUCUUUUUCAGGCUAUUUCUAUGGAGUAAGAUUUUCUCCAGCAUAAAGCAAAUGAUACUUAUUUUUCAUGUGGUGAUCGCAACACUAAAUAUUUUCAUGCUUCCAUAAAGCAUAGGAGAAACAUUAACUCUAUUCAUAAGAUCAAAUCUCCUUUUUGAGGUUAUUUUACUCAAGAUGAGGAUAAUGGCAAUAGUGUGGUGGACUACUUCUCGAACCUUUUUAUGUCCACUUCUCAGGUGACCCCUAUUAAUGCUUCUCUUUUUGAUAAAGAUCGUGAAUAUGUCUCUUCUUUUUCCCUCUAUGAGAUUCCUACAGAACAGGAAUUUUUUUCUAUUUUCAAUGAAAUCAAGUCCAACAAAGCUCCUGAUCCGGAUGGUUUUACUGCUUCAUUUUAUGUUGCCUGUUGGGAAAUUAUCAAAAAGGAAGUUACCCUUGUUGUACAA